GUUUGCACAACCCAUUUUGUGCCGUGGAUGCGGUUUACCAAGUGCAACAACUUUAUGCCGGAAGUUCUACAGCUUCUAUCAGGUUAUCAGACACUGCUUUUUUCUUGUCACUGCAAGGUGCUUAGUCUCUCUCUCUGUAUGUCAGAACCCUCCGGUGUUUCUCCUUGUGUUGUCUAAAGCUGUCAUCAUGUUUCCCAGGGUGAUUUUAAGGGGUACUAUGAUUAAAAAAUCUCAGCAAAAGAAAAGAACAUCACCUUGCAACUACAAGGAAAGGUUUUUUGUUUUGGACACCCAAGACCUGAAGUAUUCUGAACGCCGUCCCGGGGUAAGUGUACAUCAUUUUUCAAUAUCUACAGACUUUAUUUGAAAUAUAUAUAAAUAUUUACUAUUUAGGAGCUGGAUCCAUCAAAGCUAUUUAGAUUUGAAUCCUAUCCUUGAUAUGAAGCACACAUAAAGAAGCUAUCAUGUUCUUUCAGAAAAAGCCAAUGGUGAAGGGCUGCAUUAAGCUGCAUACAAUCAAAUGUGCAGAGAUUGUAUGUAGUGAUGUUCCCAUACCUUGCGACUUUAAGUACCCUUUUCAGGUGAGGUUCACAUUUAUACCUAAAGUUAGACAUAAUGUUGUAUAAAGUUGGUACAGUAUUGGAAUAAGCCAUACAGGUUUGGCCUGACAGAGCAACUCAUGGCGGUGUAAACAUCUCUACAGGUUUUUCAUGACAACCACUACCUCUACAUUUUCGCUCCAGACAAUGAUUGCCGUCAGAGAUGGGUCAGAGCUCUCAAAGAGGGUAAGGAAUUACAACUACAUUAUGGUACAUAAUUUAAAAUCAUAACCCUGACAUAUCUGCUUUUCUGCCUGACACACAGAGACUAAGAACAACUGUUUAGUAGCAAAAUAUCACCCAAACUUCUGGAUGGAUGGAAAGUGGAGAUGCUGCCUACAAUCAGAAAAACUGGCGGCAGGUUGUCAAGUGUACGACCCCGAGGGUUAUGGUGGGAAUCGCUUUUUUUCACUGUAUUCGAACUAAAGCAGUGUAUAAAAUUGUGUGUUUUAUUUACCUUAUCCAUAUAUAAUGGCAAAGAAGUUUCAAACUCUUGAUAAGGAUAAAUCUCUCGCUGUCUUUAUAUUUUAUCUUAGAUCAACUGUGUUGCAUAACUUGGUAGUCAAGUAUCCGUUAUCACUGCUGUUAAGAACAUUCGAAUGCGUGUGCAAAAUACUCUCUGAUUUUAUUUUCUGUCUCCACAGCUUCAAAAAAGCCACUUCCUCUUCUCCCAGAUCCAGAGGUACCACUUAUUAUUACAUGAAUUAUAAGUUAUAUUAAAUUGUGAAAGCAACUUUCCUGAAGUCUUUGCUUUUCAAACUAUACUGUUCCGUAUUUCCAGACCUCUUCACCUUUUUCUAAAUGUUUGUUUCUGAGCUGUUCUGUUUGUUAUAUUUCAUUGCCUGAAAGUGCGGUCAGACAUGUCCGAGACGGCUUAUAAUAUAGCUUGGUGCGAGACAGAAUACAACUGUUUUUACAUCAUAUUUACAUUUUUUUUUCUCUGUGUGUCUUUUGUGUGAAGUCUAAAAACUGCUUUUGUGUGAUAAAAACAAAUAUAUGAAAGAUCUUUAUUUACACACACAGUGCAUUGUGUUUGCAUGAAUUACUCUCAUGCGUCUCUACCAGAUGGAGCUGCAUAAUGAAGGACAGAAAACGGUCAUCGCUCUACAAGACUAUGCACCUCAAGGAGAUGAUGACUUGACUCUUCAGAAAGACCAGGAGUAUAUCCUCAUCAAUGACUCCCACCCAGGCUGGUGGACUGUAGAGGAUGACAGGGGGUAUGGAAGAGACUCAGUGUCAAAUAAACAGGACUGCGGAUGACUGAAAGUAUGUGGUGAAUGUAUUUUUUCUUUUUCUGCCCCUCAUCAGGAAUACAGGCUUUGUUCCCAGUGUUUGUGUAGCUGUAAAGCACUGCAACAACUUUGAGAGAUUUGAGUGAGUUUGAUAUCAUUUCUCUCUCCAUAUGUGCACAUCCAUUUAGUCCUCCGUUGAGUGGUUAAUUUGUCUUCCAACAGAUGGUACAACAAAAACAUAACCAGAGGGGAAGCUGAGGAUUUGUUAAUGAAAGAGGUAAAAUAUCAUAUCAUUGUUUAGAGGUGAGGUGAUUAUUCAUUUUAAUCUGUUUAUACUUCCAGCAGCGGUUUGACUGUAAAAAAAUGCUGCUAAUAAUGAUUAUGUUGAUAAUUGGCGCGAUGUUGCUCUUGUGUGGUGCUGCGCCGUUUUUCUUUCACUGUGCCAGCUACAGCAAGGUUGCACUUGCAAAAUUAAUGCAAAAAUGCACCUGCGCAACAAGAAUUCAACUUGUCAUGGGACAUAAAGAGAGCCUCAUAACCACAAUGUUUCCUCCAAGGCUGAAUUUCCUGCUGUUCAGUGCUUCGCUAUGUUUUACGAAAAGGAAGUAGACCAGCUUUCCAGCCUGUUUUACUCCAAAAUACAGCUAAGCUAAAACUGCAAACAAGACAAACACUUUAUUUCAUGUUAAAUAAAUGUAUUUGCAAUGUUUUAUCUAAUUUAGAUGACUGCAUGUACUUUGUAUGCUCUACUUUUUAGGGAAAAGAAGGUGCGUUUAUGGUGCGUGACUCGAGACAGGCAGGAGUGUACACAGUGUCAGUCUUCACAAAAGCACCGGGGUAAUUCGGUUCCUGUCAUGCCUAUUGUCAUGCCUAUUUUUCUAAUUUGUGAUUAGGAUUAGGAGGUAAUGAUUGAAAACAACUGAUUGAAUCCUUGAGUAAAUUCGUAUCUGCUGAGAAAUUGGUUUAUGAUAGCUAUUUUAACCCUCACAUACUGCUCGGGUCAAAUUUGACCCGUUUUGACUUUUAACAGCAGUAAGAAAAUACCCUAAACAUCAUUUUUUAAGCCUGAAACUUGAUGACUUUUCCUGAUGUGUCCCAAAAUGCAUGAAAUUAAUUUAAAAAUAUUCAUGUGUAUUUUUGUUUAUGUGCUACAAAUUUUUCUCCUCUAAGGCUGUUACAGGUCAAAUUUGACCCGUAUCUAUAUUUAGAUGGAUUUUAGAUCUAGCAGUGUGGGACAAGUGACAAACAGUAACAACAGUGUUCAAUAUAAGGUUUGUUGUUCAAAAAGAUAUAUUCAAAUUAUUCUGAAACUAUCAUUACCUUGACAGAAACACACACACACACACACGCACGCACGCACACAGACAUACAGUCACACAGACACACCUAGACAGAGGUCAAAAUGACCUAACUAGUCAAGAGAACUUUCUGUGACAGAAAGCUGCUCUUUGAACUCUUUGAAGGGGCAAUUUUGACCCGGAACAUACUGUGAGGGUACAGGAUUUGAACAGUAUGUGAGGGUUAAUCCCACUGUCACCUGAUCUCAAUGACUUUUGCUCAUGUGUUUAUUGAACUUUACAGCUGAUGUUUCACUCUUUAAAUACUCUAUUUACCAGUAUAUGACAUUUGUGACAAAAGCAAUUCUCUUUUAUGAUUAUCAGGUCAAACGGAGAGAAGAAUCCAAGGGUGAAGCAUUACCAGAUCAGACAAGCAGAAACAGGAGAGGCCACAUAUUACUUGGCCGAGAAGUACCUGUUCAACACCAUUCCUGAGCUCAUCCAUUACCAUCAACACAACGCCGCAGGCAAGUGCAGGCUCUCUACAUGCCACUGUUUCAAUCUGUUAAACACAGCAUCAAAUUGCAAAAAAAGCAUUGAGCAAAUAAAUAAUUUUAUGUGUUUUUAAAUAUCUCACUGUGUGUAUGUGUGGCAGGAUUGAUAACACGACUGAGGCACCCCGUCUCUCAAGACAAGCCCUACCCUCCUGGCGUUGCUGAUCCCUUGGGAGGUGAGACUCUGCUCUGUUGUGUAAAUGGGUCAGCUGGAGGAACUGGAUUUUAAAGUGCUCUUUACUUAAGAAAAUAGUACUUGUUUUUGCUGGCCUCUGGUGGUGUAGUUUACUCUAGGUGUGUCCAGUCUUUGAUAUUGUUUCCCAAGAGACAAAACUGGUGAUUUAACAUUUUCCAUGUUAUCUCAUACCCUCGAUUCAACUCAUCUGUUUGCAGAUCAAUGGGAAGUGGACUUCGAGGAGCUGAUUCUGGGUCAGGAGUUAGGUAGUGGACAAUUUGGCCUCGUACUGGAGGGGAAAUGGAGGGAGAGGAAGGUGGCGGUGAAGAUGAUAAGAGAGGAGUGUAUGUCAGACGAGGAGUUCAAAGAGGAGGCGAGAAUCAUGAUGUAAGUAAUUGAAAUCUCCUUCCUUACUGCUUAUUCAAAAAAAAGUGCCAUGCAUAAACUGCAGCUAUACUACACCGAUUUAAACCCUUUUUUGCUGAACUCUAAAAGCCUGUCCAAAUGCAACUCUUUGUAGCAUCAGAACAAAACAUGAAUUAAAGGUUAAAGCCCUCUAUGAGUCAUCUUUAAACCAGAGCUCACACAGCGGUGUGUUUUAUUCUUACAGUGCUGGGUUUAAGUGAAGCAUUUGCCACAGUCGCAGCCUUCGCUUAAAUUACUGUACAGAAAAAUCUCAGAGACCUGUGUGCUACCCUCAACAGCCACCUCACUUUUAAAAAUACAUACUCACAAAGUCAUCCCCUGCCUUAAUGCUACUGAAAUGGUCUUUUACAAGAUACAACUCAUAGACUAAAUGAGUUAUGAGCUCAGUCUCUGUAAUAUCCUCCUGGUUUCUGGAGGGAUUAUUUGGAGCGGAGGAAUGGAGAACCUUAUGUUGGUGACUCAGCCAGACUCUUGAUCAACACACAACUACAACAGGCCCACCUGUCUGUCAACUGUCUGUCAAUUCAGUCACUCCCCUACACAUGUCGAUUCGUGUAUAUCUUCCUGUCAUAUUGACCCUUCUCAUAUACAAGUCUCCCUGAAUGUGUGAAGUCACUUCCUGUCCUGAGUUUUACUAAAACAAGUUGACACUGAUUGCCAAAAGGGUGGAAUGACCAGACUUCAACAGACAAACCAGGGCUAUAUAAGUCCUUAGUUGGUUUUGUUGUUGAUAACUGUCAUAUAAAGAAGGGCAAUGCACCAACGGUUUCCUCAGUGGGCUAAAAAAAGUUGAUCUCACAGAGAAAUCCUGUGUUUCUGUACAACUUUUCCUAGUUUCCAAAUAGAGGGCCAUAAUAACCCUAGAUAUACAUACUGCCAUCUGUACAACAGUAAAUAUUUGCCAGUACACAUGCAAGUAUUUGUGAUGAUCUCCUCUGUCUGGUACUUUGUCUCAUAUCAUCGGACCACAGUUGUCUUCAUUUUUGUUGACAGGCAGUGGUGACUGGUACAUGGUAGAAGUUCAGAUUUCAGACAUGACUAUUACUGCCUCUAUUCUGUACCUAACAACACUACAACACAGCAUUACCAGCCUCCCAUGACCCUUCCUGUGGUAGCUGCUUGUGUGUCACUGUAAUUUCACUUUGUUUUGCAUCUAGCUAAAAACCUUGACAUGACAGGGUAAUGUUAACCCUAAAAUAUUAUAAAGUAAUCUGCUUACAGAUAUACAUCCCCACAGUGCGUUUUAAUAAGUAAAUUAGCUGCAUACUCAAAACCAAUAUAAAACAGGAUAUGAACACAAUUAAUCUGCUGAUAUGGAACUGUAUGUCUGCAAUAAAGUAUUAUAAUUAAUUUUGCUGUGAAGUUGGGCUAUUUCACUUGACUUAUUGUUAUUUUUUAACAGCUUGUUUUGUUUUCAUUUUUGGCUCGAGGCAAACCUCAAGUGGGCACUUUCAGUUUAUUUGUUCUUCAGCACCAAAGUUUUACACUUCGAAAUCAAUAAAGUGAUUUCAGGUAGUUGAAAUCCUGCAGCAAGACAAUCCACAGCAGAAAUCUGUCUGUCUGUCUGUCUGUCAGCAUUCUUUCCUACCUUCCUUUUUGGGUCAGAGUUUUACCUUUAGAGCACUUCCAGAAUAUACAGUACAUCUGAACUGAUGCCUCUUGACUGCUCCAACCCCUCUAUUUCAGAUUAAAAUAUACGUGUCCAUGAAUCUUGGUACACAACAGUUGCUCUUAUAGAUAUAAUUCUUAUAGGAAAGCUCUCUUGUGAUUGUUUUAUUUCAAUAAUACAGUCUAUUUAUUUAUUUUUCUUCCAGUAAUUCACAGUCGUGACUCUUUCAUCUUUUAUUCUGAGCCCUCUUGUUUUAUUCUCACGAUGUUCCUUUGGUUUUGUCAGUCUUUUGUGGCAUGGUAAAAAAAAAAAAAACAAGCAAUCAAACAGAGUACAAUGCAACAUAGGUUUUGAUAAGUGUCAUACAAACAAAAUUCUCACCCUCUUGCUUUUCAUCUUCUUCUUCUCCGUAUGUGUAGUUCAUAAAGAUGUUCAUAUUCCUAAGGCACAAUUCUCCCCUGCUCAUUUGUGUGUCUGUUUACAGGAGAUUGUCCCACUGUAAGCUCGUCCAGCUAUACGGUGUGUGCACCCAGCGCUCCCCCAUGUGCCUGGUGUUUGAGUUCAUGGAAAAGGGCUGCCUGUCAGACUACCUGCGAGCUAAAAAGGGCCGCCUCUCCCAGGACAUCAUGUUGGGGAUGUGUCUGGAUGUCAGUGAGGGGAUGGCGUACUUAGAGAGCUCUAACUUCCUCCACAGAGAUCUGGUAAUCCAACGGACAAUGACUGUAUUUGAUUCCUGUUUUCAACUGCUUUUGGAUAGUUAAUCUUAUCUCCUCUGCAGGCUGCCAGGAACUGUCUUGUUUCCAAAAAUAACGAGGUUAAGGUGUCAGAUUUCGGCAUGACCAGGUAUGCGUUCACAUUCUUCAUUCUGUCUUCUGUCUCUCAGUCUUUAAAAGUUUCGCCUUUCUGCUAUAUAACGUCUCCUCUCUGUAGAUUUGUGCUCGAUGAUCAGUACACAAGCUCUCAGUGCUCCAAGUUUCCUGUGAAGUGGUCAGCCCCAGAGGUCAUCAGAUACUGCAAGUUCAGCAGCAAGUCUGACGUCUGGUCAUUUGGUGUGUUCAGGUGUCCAUAUCACUGCAGUUUGUCUUUUACUCUUUGUGGAGAUUUGCUGAGUUUUAGUCAUACAGAUCAGUAACUUCUCUUUUACUUUGACUCUUAUACUGUAUGCAGCACAUGGCACAUCAGCUCUGUAAUUCUAUACUUAUUUACAGUUUUGCAAAGAUGCUCAGGAUCAAAGAAUUUAUUUUUGUGUUGCACACAAGUAGCACUCUUCAUCCCCUUAAAAACCAUGUUGCAUAAGCUGGCAUUACAGAAGUGACUCAAUCGUCUCCAGACAUUGAAAGGAUUCAUUUGUACAUAUGUAUGUGCCAAGGACUGCAUUUAAUGGCUGCUUUUUUUAGUAGUGCAUUGCCAACUGUUGGUUUUACAGUAAUCUCAAGAUGUUAAUACUUUUAAGACCCUGGCCAAACAUAUAGAGUUUAAAUGGCUUGGCAUAGACUAAAGAGUAAGAAGUUGUUGCUUGUUUGUGUGCAACAGCUGCAGAAUAGAAAGGUAACAAAUACGUUUAAUUAUGUAUCCCUCCUAAAAUCAGGGUGAGCAUUGACUGUCAGGUUACUGAGCAGUCAGUUAAGAAUUAAGGGAAGUGUUUAAAUCCUCAUAAUAUUAAAUAAGGAAUCUUCAAAGCCAUGUGACAGUUGUAUGGGUAAUACAAGAGGAGUGAAAGAAGAGUUAAUUGCACAUUUGCAGCCGGUGUUUCCAAGUGCGCAUCCUUUUUUCUUUUCUUUUUUUUUGCAUAUCCGACCUAUGACCUUGACUGCUCUGAUAGUUAAUUUACCAUUGCAUUUAAAACCCUGAAUUCUUGUUGGAUUAUUAUUUUUCAUUAAAGAAGAUAAGGCUUGAAAUUAAACUAGAAAAGAGACCCAUCAGCACACAGACAAUCACAGACUUGAGAACUGAUAUGUUUAUGAAUACAGGACUACAUGUAACCAGACAUAUGUUCUGUGUAAACAUUUUUCGUAAAUUCAGUGUGUAACAGGAGGAUAAGGAUCAAACUAAGACACCAUCACAAAGCCAGAGCCCCACAGUGUCAAGAGACAUUGUUUACUAUUCUGUUUGAGAUAGAUACAAAAUAAUUCUUAAAAGGUUAAUAUUCACCGAAAUAACACAUCUGUUUUUAUCUUUCUCAGGUGUACUAAUGUGGGAGGUCUUCACAGAAGGACGUCUCCCCUAUGAGAACCGCACUAAUGCAGAGGUGGUUGAUUCCCUGAACACUGGCCUGAGGCUUCUGAAGCCUCGCUUGGCCCCUGAUGCGGUUCAUCUGCUCAUGGAGUGGUGCUGGAAGGAGGUGUGCACAAGUCGAAGGAUAGGUGAUGGUAUCUAAAAAUCUUGUGGAUGGUAAUAACUGCAGUAAUUCAUUUAUUGCAUGUUCUCAUCCCCAGAAACCAGAAGAUCGUCCAUCUUUUGCUCUUCUCGUGCACGAGCUGGCCUCCCUCGCAAACCUGUGAACGGAGGAGACAAUAUUUGAGAUUGAUAACAAUAAAAUAUUUAUUUAUUUAUUAUUUUUACACCAAGUUCUUGUUUAAAAAAAGAAAAAUACCCGUGAAGAUUUUUGUGAGAUGGUUAGAGCACUCAAGGGGAGUUUGCACUUUAUUUGUAACAUCACACAGUCCAUUUUCAGAGCCACUGCUGCGCUAUAGCUUUAUUCUAUCAUUGAAAUAUCCUACAAUAUCUUUGCAUAUUCAACUUUGUCAUAUAUUCCUCCGUUAAUGAAUAAAAAUUUGAAAUAAAUAUC